UUCCAGAGGAGAGACUUGGCGUUGGCGGUUCACCGCUUGAACGCCUCUCUCUCUCUCUCUCUCUCUCUGCUGCGAUGGAUCUCUAUCCACAAAUGGAAGAAGAAAUUGGGGAAGAAAGGGGUGGCUUCAAGCCGACGAACUCUGAUGAAGACGAAGAUGAAGCUCGAAUGAAGACAUUCUCCGAGCUGAAAACCUACUGUUUGGACCUACUCGAACUUGCACAAAACCCUAAGAAAAAUGCUUCCUCUCUCUCUCCACUCUGUCACUUCCUCUCCCGAUCUCCGCCCCAUACUCUCCAGCCUUUCUUCGACUAUACUUUGUUUCCACUGUUGCUUCUGUUGGAUGCUGCAGUCAGUUGCAGAUCUUCAGCAAAGGUUGCGGAAUCUGUUGCGGUUGAUUUCCCAAAGUUGUCACAUUAUGUCAGUGAUACUGUAGCUGAAGGUGUGCUUCAGUGUUUGGAGGAGCUUCUAAAGAAGUGCCACUUAGGAUCUAUUGAUCAGAUGGUCGUAGUGUUGAAGAAAUUGACUUAUGGGGCUAUGCUUUCUCCAUCUGAGGCUUCAGAAGAAUUCCGUGAGGGAAUAAUAAGAUGUUUCAAGGCACUGCUCCUUAGUUUGCAUUCAUGCUCCAACAGGUCUUGUUCAUGCAAAGAAAUUAACGGCUUGCCUUCUCUGUUAGCAAGGAGAGAUUUGCAAUCACCAAAUAGAAUACCUGCAAAGUAUGACUCAGAGAUAGAAGAGUGCUUGCUUGCAUUUCUCCAAUCUCAAUCUGCUUCUGCUGCCAUUGGGCACUGGCUGUCACUUCUCCUGAAAGCUGCAGACACUGAGGCCGCACGAGGGCAUCGAGGAAGUGCAAAGCUCCGUGUGGAAGCCUUUUUGACACUUCGUGUACUUGUUGCUAAGGUUGGUACUGCAGAUGCACUAGCAUUCUUUUUACCAGGUGUUGUUAGUCAAUUUGCCAAGGUGUUGCAUGCCUCAAGAACAAUGAUUAGUGGGGCUGCUGGAAGCCUGGAAGCAAUUGACCAAGCAAUUAGAGGUUUGGCUGAGUUCCUUAUGAUAGUUCUUGAUGAUAAUGCUAAUUUAUCUGGUCUUAAUAUAUCCAUGAGUGAAAGACCUGGCUUUCAUUCAAACAAGAGUGAAUCUGCACAAUCCGUUCUGGAGGAACUCCGUCACUUGCCUGUUAAAUCUCAAGGUCAGGGUGAAGUGGUAGUAGACAAUUCAAUGGAAGCUGUACAUGCAGAUGCUUCCAAAGGAAAGGGGAGUGUCAAUGUGGGCAACAAGAUAGGAUCUUUACAUGUGAGCCGUACAAAAGAUUGGAUGAUUAGAACUUCAGCACAUGUGAAUAAACUACUGUCUGCAACAUUUCCACAUCUUUGCAUUCAUCCCACAGAAAAAUUGAGACGAGGACUUUUGGCUGCUAUUCAAGGAUUGUAUUCAAAAUGUAGUUAUACACUGAAAGAUAGCAGACUGAUGCAAUUGGAGUGCUUAUGUGUAUUAGCUUGUGAUGAAUCAGAAGAGGUAUCUGCAGCUGCACAGGCUUUCCUUUCGUAUCUAUUCUCAUCAAGCAGGAAACAAGAUGUACAGUAUGACUUUGCUGAGAUAUUCAGCAGGCUAAUUGAAAAGCUCCCAAAGGUGUUGCUGAGAAGAGAAGAGUCACUUGCACUGUCAGAGGUUCAGAAAUUACUAGUAGUCAUUUAUGUCUCUGGUCCUCAACUUGUGGCAGAUCACCUUCUACAGUCUCCUGUGACAACUGCUAGAUUCUUGGAUGUUUUUGCCCUCUGCUUGAGUCAGAAUUCAGUUUUUGCUGGUUCUCUUGACAGACUUAUUUCAGGAAGGCCGUCCUCAGCUGGAUACCUGCAGUCGUUAACUGAGAUGAGAGCUAGCAUUUGCUAUACCAAAGAUGAUGAGGCAAUCACAGAUGCUACUCCAUAUGACAACUCAAGUUUUCCUAAUAUUCAGAAAAAGAAGUUACCUCAUCCACCAGUAAAUCUGCAAAAGGAAUAUGAGCUUCCUCGCAUGCCACCUUGGUUUGUUCAUGUUGGCAGUCAGAAGCUAUACCAAGCUCUUGCUGGAAUUCUUAGACUCAUUGGUUUAUCCUUAGUGACAGAUUCUAGUGGUGAAGGGUCCCUGUCAAUUGUCAUUGAUGUUCCACUUGGCUUCUUGAGGAAAUUGGUUGCUGAAGUCAGGGUGAAAGACGAAGAAAGCUGGCAAACUUGGUACAAUAGGACUGGAUCAGGACUGUUGGUGCGGCAGGCUAGCACUGCUGUAUGUAUAUUGAAUGAGAUAAUUUUUGGUGCCUCGGAUAAAGCGGUUGAUGCUUUUGCGAGGAUGUUUCAAGGGUGUAGGUUAAGAUUGGAGAAGAUGGAAGGAUGUCAUGCACUGUUGGAUGAUAUUCAAGCUGGCAAGUUUGAACAACCUAUGCCUUCUGCAUCCUUUUGGAAGUUUUCUCAGGAGAAGGGUGGAAGAAAUCAUCUGAUAGCUUCCAUUGGGAGCAUUUUACAUGAAUACCUAUCUUCUGAAGUUUGGAGUCUUCCCUUAGAGCAUAAAUCCUCCCUUCAGCAGCCUGACGGUGAAGUUGAAGAUAUUAAUUUGCACUUCUUCCACGAUGUUGCCCUUCUGCACCAGGUUAUUAUUGAUGGGAUAGGCAUCUUCAGUCUGUGCCUUGGGAAACUUUUUUCUUCUUCUGGACUUCUUCAUUUAUCUCUUUAUGUGUUGCUUGAGAAUCUUAUCUGCCCUAACUCCCAAAUAAGAAGUGCAUGUGAUACUACCUUACAUGUUAUUUCUUGUGCGUCUGGUUACCAAACGGUGGGGCACCUAGUUUUGGCAAACUCAGACUAUAUAGUUGAUUCCAUAUGUCGACAGUUACGCCAUUUGGAUCUUAAUCCUCAUGCACCUAAUGUGCUUGCUGCCAUGCUUUCUUAUAUUGGGGUGGCACAUAAAAUAUUGCCAUUGUUGGAAGAACCGAUGCGCUCUGUUUCUUUGGAACUUGAGAUUCUUGGCCGCCACCAGCACCCUGAUUUAACUAUUCCUUUUCUGAAGGCUGUUGCAGAAAUUACAAAGGCUUCAAAGCGUGAAGCAUGUUCUCUUCCCUCUCAAGCAACAUCAUUUUUAGGACAAGUGAAAUCAGAAAUCUCUGACAUGAAAAAGAAGAAAAUGAAAGAAUGCUCUGAAUCAUCCUGUGGCAGAAGCAUUGAUACGUCUCAAAUUGAAUCAGAAGAGGUGGGUGCAUGCUUUGAUGGUGAUGAUAUAUCUAUAGAGGAAUGGGAGAGUGUUUUGUUUAAAUUGGCUGAUUCCAGAAGAUAUAGAAGAACUGUUGGAUCUAUUGCUGGUUCAUGUUUAACAGCUGCUACCCCACUACUCGCUUCACUGAAACAAGAAGCAUGCUUGGUGGCCCUGGAAGUAAUUGAGGAUGGCAUUUUGGCACUUGCAAAAGUGGAAGAAGCCUACAAGCAUGAGAAGGAGACUAAAGAGGCAGUUGAGCAAGUGCUCAAAUAUUGUCAAUUUUACAACCUGAAAGAUUCCCUGGACGCAGAGGCAGAGAAUGAAACUGAUGAAAAUAGGUUGCUUCCAGCAAUGAAUAAAAUAUGGCCUUUCUUGAUUGCUUGCGUGCAAAAUAAGAACCCACUGGCUGUCAGAAGAUGCGCAGGGGUGAUCAGCAAUGUAGUGCAAAUCUGUGGUGGAGAUUUCUUUUCUCGUCGCUUUUAUACUGAUGGCCCCCACUUUUGGAAGCUUCUAAGCACAUCUCCUUUCCAGACGAAACCUAUCUCAAAAGAAGAAAGAACCAUUUUGCAACUUCCUUACAGAAGCACAUCAGUCUCCUCAGAGUUUGCAUUUGCCGAGAUUUCCAACCUGAAAGUUGAGGCAGCAGUGCUCAACAUGAUUGCUGAUUUGUCACGAGACAAGAGGAGUUGUUCGGCGCUGGAAGCAGUACUCAAAAAGGUGAGUGGUCUUGUUGUGGGGAUAGCUUGCAGCGGCGUUGUUGGGCUUCGGGAGGCAUCCGUGAAUGCCUUGGUGGGACUGGCAUCCAUUGAUCCUGAUCUUAUUUGGCUUCUCUUAGCUGACGUUUACUACUCAAAGAAGAAAGAGUUGCCCUCGCCGCCUGCAUCGGAUUUACCACAACUAGUCCAAAUUUUGCCCCCUCCCUUAUCUCCAAAGGACUAUCUUUACGUGCAGUAUGGGGGGCAGAGCUAUGGGUUCGACCUUGAUUUUUCUUCUGUAGAGACAGUUUUCAAGGAAUUGCAGUCUCAAGUUUUCACCUCACAGCUGUACAGUUAAGAGAUAUAUGAUAAGUCCGUGUUGUGUUGUGUUUGGUUUGGUGCAUAUUAUCUAUUUAAGGGAAAGAUAAAAAUGUACAGAUUAUUAGAUUACAGUAAGAGUUACUUUAUUUGCAGAUUAAUGACUCCUUCACUGUCUCCACUCUCCA